AUGCGAAUAAUCCUGCUAGCAAUAUUUAUUAUUGCUAUACUGGAAAACAAUGUGGCAGAUCAUCAACAAUUUUGCUUCCGGUCUCAUCCAAAGGAAUCAGAGGGAGAAAUUCAACUGAGGAAUUAUGAACCCAACUUGUUCUGCAGCGCAACAUUGUCCGCCCCAAACGCUCAUGGAAUAAACCUUGAAAUUACCCAUAUGGACGUGAGUGCGAAGUUAUCAAAUAUGAAAUGCAUUAUUUGA